AUGAAACGUUUCAGCCAGAUGAUCCGCAAUGCUCGGACUGAAAAACAUGGGCAAGAGAGCAAACAACAACCACUCACUACAACAACACCACAAGCGCCCACUCGUCCCGAUCAUGUUGCAGUGCAAGAACCAGUGUCUCAGGCCAGUGCCUCAGUCCCAGCCACGCCUGGAGGCCCAACCUUGAAUAUUGCCCUGCAGAACCAAACUGCAUCUGCAACUGUCUACGCCUACAUCACCGGGAGAGCCCUAGAUAACAACAAUGACUUAUUCCUGCUUCUCGCCGAUGGCCACACCCCUUAUUUCCCACAAUCUCCCUCAGCAAUAGGCGCAGAAAUUCCCGAAAAUACUGCUAUUACCUUGGGUGCCCCAGGUAAUACUGUGACAGUCACGAUUCCUCACCUUGCUGGUGGGCGGAUAUAUUUCUCCAUUGAUGCCCCACUCACCUUCUUCCUGAACCCUGGUCCGGCUCUCGUUGAACCUUCAGUCACUAAUCCAUCCGAUCCGAAUAUAAACAUUGACUGGGGCUUUGCGGAGUUUACUUUUAACCAUGAUCAAUUAUAUGCCAACAUAAGUUAUGUCGACUUUGUCGGUCCACCAGUGGCGCUUGACCUCACGACAUUUGGUGGACAAUCACAACAUAUCUCCGGGAUGCCUGUGGAUGGGCUAGAUCGCGUCUGCGAAGGCCUCCGUGCACAACACGCCCAAGAUGGCAAGGGCUGGGAUAGACUCAUUGUGACGCAAAAUGGCCGAAAUAUUCGCGCUCUCUCGCCCAACCAAGGCAUGGUGCUCCACCCCGAUCUUUUUGCAAACUACUUCGAGGACUAUAUAGACCAAUCCUGGAAGAAAUUCUCGACACAAUCUCACACCAUUGACACUCAAGCCAGUUUUGGAAAGGUCGCUUGCAAAACCUCUGGUAGCAAAAUCACGUUCGGCGGAUCUCAAUUUGUCAAGCCCAGUACCAGAGACAUCUUCUCCUGCUCGCAUGGGCCAUUCCAGACCGGUGCCAAUGUGGAGACAAAUACCAUCAUCCCCCGUCUGGCUGCAGCAUUCAACAGAUCAACUCUUCUAGUUUCGAAUUCAUUCCCCGCAGAUAGGAGUCUGUACUAUCAACAUCAAGUCACCAACCACUACUCGCGAAUUGUUCAUGAAGCAAAUCUUGACGGGAAGGGAUACGCCUUCCCGUACGACGAUGUACAGCCCAGUGGUGGUCCAGACCAAUCCGGUGAGGUACAUGCUGGAGAUCCAAAACUGUUCACGGUGACUGUUGGUGGCAGGAAUGCUUGGUGUUGA